AUGGAGGCGCUCAUGAAGAAAUACGGGGUACAUCACAGACUUUCCACUUUGUAUCAUCUGCAAAGCAACGGUCAAGCAGAAAUCUCUAACAGAGAGAUCAAAGGAAUUUUGGAAAAGACUGUCAAUCCGUCGAGGAAGGAUUGGAGCAGAAGGCUAGAUGAUGCGCUCUGGGCCUAUCGCACUGCGUUUAAAACCCCCAUUGGUAUGUCGCCGUAUAGAGUGGAGUUUGGAAAAAUGUGCCACCUUCGUGUUGGGAUAGAGCACAAGGCCUAUUGGGCAGUCAGAGAAAUGAACAUAAAGCCGAAAGGGAGCACUUACACGGCUGUUAAACCGUUGAAUCACGAGGCCGAGCCAGCCCAAGGCCAGGAGGGAUACUGCAAAACCACCACCACCAAGAGGAGCACCCCAGAAACCUGGUCCCCGCAGGGGCCAGGGCUAGAAUUGAUCCACCCCCAGAGUAACCAACUUUAG